GACAGGCAGGAGGCUUUGUGGAAGGACGGAGGAUUUAAAAUGCAGCUCAGGGACGACUUCUGUAGUUUAUCACAUUGUCGUGUCGGGUCUCAAAACGUUCAAAUCUAGCGUAUGAGCAACGAGCCGACAGAGAGGGACUUUUCUCGAGUGUUUUUUUUGUUUGUUUUUGUCUCCAGAGCUGACGGCAGUGUUGUCUGUCUCUGCACUGUCCAUCCGACACAACUAGUCCAGACAUGAGUAACGUUAAUCUGAUUUUUUGGGACCAGUUGCAGGCUGGCAGCUCCGAUGUGGACUGGUGUGAAGGCAAUUACCUAAUAUACCCCAGCAUCGCUGAAUUUUACAACACGGUCGAUCAGCAACAUUUUGUUUUUUUUGUUUUGCCGCCCAUAUUAAUGUGCUUGUUCCGCCAAUAUGCAACACAUUUCAACAGUGGGAUUUACCUCAUAUGGAUUCUGCUAGUUGUGGUUGGUAUUGGAUCGACAUAUUUCCACGCCACCCUCAGUUUCCUCGGCCAGAUGCUGGAUGAGUUGGCCAUCUUAUGGGUGCUUAUGUGUGCCAUUGCCAUGUGGUUUCCCAAGAGAUACCUCCCCAGGAUGUUCAGGAGGGAUCGGUCAAGGUUCAAAGUGGUCAUCGGCAUCUUGUCAGGGAUCACCACCGGGCUGGCCUUUGUUAAACCUGUCGUCAACUCAUUAUCACUAAUGACUCUGGGCAUCCCCUGCACCGUGCUGCUCAUUACCGAGCUUAAAAGAUGUGAAAACCCACGUGUGUUCAAGUUGGGUCUGAUCUCAGGGAUCUGGUGGGCACUGGCUCUGCUUUGUUGGAUCAGUGACAGAAUCUUCUGUGAGAUGUGGUCAUCUGUCAACUUUCCCUACUUACACUGUGCUUGGCACAUCCUCAUUUGCCUGGCUUCCUACUUGGGUUGCGUUUGCUUCGCCUACUUUGAUGUUGCGACUGAGGCCCCGGAGCGAGGACCCGUCAUCAUGUUCUGGCCCAAUGAGAAAUGGGCCUUCAUCGGCGUGCCCUACAUUUCCUUUCUCUUCGUCAACAAGAAGUCUGCUAUCAAGGUGACAUAAGGUGACCCGAGUCUGCUGCUCUCCUGGUUGUGCUUUGAUACUUCUCACCAGGAUGUAUCUGAACAACAUGGCAACUUUAUGGCCACUUGUGACCGAGUGAUAUAGGUAAUGCAUAUUUUGGGCAACCGUGAGGAUUUAUCUUUUCGUUUUUCCAUCCCUGUCUGGUUUCAUUACACAGCAGUGUUUAUGCAACUCGGCCAAGGACCAUAGGUGUUACAAAUUAGUCUAACUUGAUGAUAAGAAGGGUGACUUUUUCAGCAAACACAGUAUCAAAGCCAAGAAACCUUAACAGUGUUCCAAACAUAUUCUCAGGCUUUGCAUAUGAGAUCAUGUCAAUAUUAGUAUUAUGCAUUUUAGACUUCUUUAAAAAGAAGAUUUUGUACAUUUUAUAGUAACUCAGAAAACCUCAUUAUAAAGCGUUGUAUUGCCUUUAUAAACACAAGUACAGCAUCUCAUAGGUGCAGUCUGGCCAUUAUGAAAGCAUAUUUAGAAACAAUAAAGCACUGGAUUCAUUUACUGUGAUCAAUGCAUAAUGCAUUAAAGCUUAUUAUUAUAUUGCUUAGCCAAUCUUACUAUGCUCAGCGAAUCAACAAGCUGGUUCAUAAGAUGUUACAGAAGUGUUACAAGUAUUUCACACCAAGCCUUAUGUGUUUUUAAAUACAUAAUGGAUUCAGGCUGUUAUACUCUGCCCUCUUUGUAGACGGGCAAUUUCUGUUUAAGAUGCUAGAAGAAAAUAUUGGCAUUGUACGAUUCUGCAGACCAAGAAUAUGUUACAUUUGUAUGUUUCAUACGUAUCAUAUCAAGGUUUUUUAAGUGAUGCUGACUUUGUCAAAUGAAGGUGGAAGGGAUGGUGGAUUGUAUGUCACCUAGGUGAGAUGUCUGCUUUUUCAGUGGCUUUUUAGGCACCAAACGUGGGUGUUUUGAAGCGAGACAUGGCUACUUUUCUGCCAGCUGAGUUGCCCAAAAAGCAGAUGAGGGUCCCCUGUGGCAAAUUGUGAUUUGUGAUAUUAGGCUUUCUACAUUUAUUGAAUUUAAUUGAACUCCUUUUCACAGAGACAUGGCUGCUUUUUCUACUGGCAUAGUGACCUGAAAGGUGGUUGUCUUUCAGAGAGACAUUGCCACUCUUCCUGCAGGGAUAGUGGUCUGAAAACUAGGUAUUUUAAGCCAAAAUAUAAUGUUUUCCUCACCAUUAAGUUGCGUUUCCAUCAAAGGCUUUCAGUGUAGUUCCUUUGGAAGCAAAAGUAACACCUACAAACAGGUACCUAAACCCUAAGAUCUGUUGGGUGUUUCCGCUGUAGACAGUACUCUUAUGGUGCAUGCUGCUCCCAUUCAUUUUGUACUUGAAGCGACUGAUUUCCUGUACAAAGCAUGCUGGAAUACCUGCAAAGCGAACUAAGCCGAUGACGUGAGGAGAGGGCGUGACAAUUUCAAAAAUUUAAACAAAGCUCACAUCAACACAGCCACUCAUGCUACACCUUCAGUGACUUUUCGAACACUGUGGAAGAGAAGGGGGCGGGGGAUUGUGGAUGGAUACAAGUGACCAGUGGGGCAGGACGGAUGCGAAUCGCGGCAAAUUAGUUGCGUAUAGAGGGCAUGCAACGUUACAUGUGGGCAGGGUUGUUGUCAGCUGCUGCUUCAUCCAGCAGCAGUUCCUGUAUUUCCUUCUUCACUGAUGAUACAAAGUGAAGUCUGCACCCUGUUAAUCGUCUACAGAACAGGGCUGCAGGCUGCAGUGAAGGUUCCUCUCAUUGGGAUUUUUAAAAAUAGCGGGUUUGUGCAUUGACUCCCCAUCAGGCAAGAGCAGGGGUUUAGUGCUGCCUGAGCUAAGACACAUUUCUUUUGUCUUCAAGUUAAGAUUAGAAUAUAUGCAGUUCACAUAAUCCAGUGAAAAUUAAUAUGUUUUUUUUAAACACAGUACAUGUCAUCCAAGAGAGACAAAAAACAGAUGGUCAAAGUUAUCUUGUUGAAAUUUAAGGUGUGUUGAUGGAUUCACAUUGUCAAUUCAUGCAUUGAGUAACAUUACAAGUAAACGUUUCACCUUAAAAGUUGCCAGCCGUCGGUCCAGGGAAUUUAAUUAUUUUUUCCUCAGUCUACAGCUGCUUCUAGAGGCUGUGAAGCAUCCAUCCAUUUUUAGUUAUAGUUUACUCAUGUAUGGAAAAGGUGUCAUGGUAUGAAUGGUGGUUAUAGCAGCCACAGCUUAGCCCUGAGCACAGAGUGUUGAUUCUCCACUGACUAAUCAACGGACUGCAGCGUUUCAAGCUCCACCUUUCAGUACCAUAUCUGUGUGCAAGGGACCUCAAGCAAAGGGGUCGACAAAAUCUGGGGACAGUAGCAAAGGUACUAAAGAUACUAUCCACAAUUUUUCACAAUGGAAAUGCAAAAAAAUGCAUACUAAACCAACCUGAUGGUGGAAAUGCCCCAGUGGUUUUUUGUGCCGAAACCACUGAGUUGUGGAAACGUGGAGUUGCAACAUAUCCAUUACAUAAUAACUUGCAAAUGUAACAUAUCCGUGGUUUUCAGAAAUGUACAAUGCCAACAUUUAUUCAGGGAUUCGAUUGGAAAGACGAUUGACUUCUCUCUGUUUUGGGCGUACUAUGUUUUGCUUCCAGCAUGCUGUUGUGAUUGUUAAAGGUAGUAUAUGAGAAAUGUGUUUGAUAUACUUCUGUAUACAUUUUUACUAACAGUGUAAGACGCAUUCAUUUUCCAAGGAAAAGCAUAUCAUUCAUAUAUUACUGAAUGAACAGGUACCCUGUCAUAUUGGCCAAAACUCAAAGUAAAGAAAAAGAAUGUGAAAUUAAAAUGUAUUUAACUAUAAUUGACUAUUCAAGGAAAUAUUUACAUAUUUUGCACAAAAUGACGAAUGGUUCUCAAAGCCUUUGGCUGAAUGCACACUGAUAAUGACAAUUAUCUACUCUAAACUUUGCUUGCUAGUGUACAGUUUCUGAUACUAAAGUUUUCUUGGCAAUUUUUUUUUUGUUUUACCUGAUGUCUCAACUCUUAAACUUCUCUUCAGGAUUAUUUAUUCCAGGCUCAAUAUUUUAGACUUUGUGCUACAUAGUAUUGAAUCUAUGACAAAUGUGCAAAAAGCCCUAAUCAAACAGGACUACAGAAACAAAUGUGUAAUGUGUCUGAAACUCUAAAAGGAGAAAUGCAGUGCACUGAUUGCUUUAAAUAACGAAUUGGAAUGAGGUUUAGGUUGUGGGACGGAUUAUGUUUUAUUACUUAUGACCUAAAAACCUAGUCAAACUUAUCAGUGUUCAUUUGGCAGGAAUGAAUAGAAAUUCUGUAGAAUACAAAAGGGAAGUAAUGUUGGGUGUUUCAAAACACAAACCCUAUAAAAGACAAGGAUCACCAAAGCUUUUUUCAACACAAACCAUUGUUUUAAAUGUUGUUCUUGAAAACUGCCUCAAGCUGUGUUAACUGUUGUUAUUUUACUCCCGUCCUCCUGCAGAGGCUUCUGGGAACACGGACUCGUGCACACACACAAGGUCAAAUGAAGGAUCAUGAUUUACAAAGAAAAAAAAAUAUUUUUGAGAGACAUAUUUUGUUAAAUCCAAAAUAAUAUUUUUCUAAGUGAAGUGCAGCCAAAAUGGAAGGGUGAUGGUUUUUGAUAUUGCAUGAUUACUAUCUUUUCAUUGCCAAACAGUUUUGUUAUUUUAUUUUAUCUCCUGGAAAAACUUUGGGAAAUGUGAGCAAAGCUGUUGUAGUGCCCAAAAGUACUUUCAUUGUGCUGCAAAAGAUAUUGAAUCAAAAAUUUGAAGGUGGGUUGUUUUUAUGAAUCACCCUCUGAUGAAGCUGUCAGUGUGAACAGGACGGCCUGUUUAAUGCUGCCCUGUGCAUCAUAAAAUUGGUCUUGGCAUGAGGUAAAAUUAUGAUCUCAUAAAAAUAAGUUAAGUCUUUUUUAUGGACUCACAUGUAUAUACUCUAAGUUUUUCUCUGCCUGCAUUGACAAUACAGACAAACUGCACAGAAGUAUUUAUUUUCAUAAUUUAUCCUGUUUUGUAAACAAAUAUUUGUAAUAGAUUAGUAUUUUAUUUUAUUUUAUGCAAUAAACCAAGCCAAUACUCAGAA